GCUUAAACCGAUUCAUGAGCCUUGAUAGGUUUUGAUGAUUCAUUUGCUUUCAGGUAAUGUGAAGGGUUCGUUAGAGUUGUCUGAAGAAGAAUGGGAUAGCACGAUGAGAACAAACUUAACAGGAGCUUGGUUGGUGUCAAAGUAUGUUUCUAUACUUAUGCGUGAUGCGAAUCGAGGAGGAUCAAUUAUCAAUAUCUCGUCUAUUGUCGGUCUUGAUCGUGGACAACUACCUGGCGGUCUUGCUUAUGCCUGUUCAAAGACGGGUGUCGUCACAUUGACCAAGGUAAUGGCAAUGGAAUUGGGUACGUACAAGAUCAGGGUGAACUCCAUUAAUCCGGGGAUUUUUAAGUCUGAGAUCACAGACGGUCUAAUGAAAAAAGAUUGGCUUAACACCGUGGCUCAAAGAACCGUCCCUUUAAGAACAUUUGGCACUGCUGAUCCAGCCUUGACCAAACUAGCAAGGUAUCUCAUCCACGAAUUGUCUGAGUACGUUAGUGGCAAUGUGUUCAUUGUUGAUGCUGGUAACACCUUACCAGGUGUCCCCAUUUUUUCUUCACUUUAGAUCCCCACACAACGUCGAAUAAGAAUUUAAAGUAAAUUUAUGUGUCUCAAAAUGGAGAUUAUCUGUGAUUUGUAGUAGAUAAAUGUCUAGAAGACGUUCACGGGAAUUUGUCUUGAUCGUCAGAUAUCACUGAGAAAGAAAUAGAAAGAAGUGUUAUCACCUGCAA